UGUGUGUCUGAGAGACAUGUAAUGUCCAUGUUUGCUGCUGAAAGAGACUGAUGGUCUGACCCCCCUCCUCCUUUCAGGGUGGAGCCUGCUGGAGUCCCAUUCUUGACACCAGGUUCAUGGAGAAUGAGAAAGUAUUCCUGUCAACUCACCAUCGACACAAACACAGUGAGCAGAGAACUCAAACUGUCUGAAGACAACAGGAAGGUGACAUGGAUGAAGGAGUUUCAGUCAUAUCCUGAUCAUCCAGACAGAUUUGAUAUCUGGACUCAGCUGCUGUGUAGAACUGGUCUGACUGGUCGCUGUUACUGGGAGGUUGAGUGGAGAGGAACAGUUUAUAUAUCAGUGAGUUACAGAAGAAUCGGGAGGAAAGGAAUCAGUAGAGACUGUGUGCUUGGAGGGAAUGAUCAUUCCUGGAGUCUGAGAUGCUCUGAUAGUGGUUACUGUGUCUGGCACAAUAACCGACAAACUCUUCUCUCCUCCUCCUCUGUCUCUAACAGAGUAGCAGUGUAUGUGGACUGUCCUGUUGGCAUUCUGUCCUUCUACAGAGUUUCCUCUGACUCACUGAUCCUCCUCCACACCUUCAACACCACAUUCACUGAACCUCUGAUUCCUGGAUUCUGGCUCAGCUCUGGUUCUUCAGUGUUUCUGUGCUGAGUUGAGUCUAAAGAGUCUAAAGAUUUUCCUCCUGUCAGAGAAACUCUCUCACUGUUG